UCAGUUAUGCCGUGUUCUCGCGCAGUGCCGAACGCCGUUGCCGUGCGUCUCGACUGAUUGUCCGUUAAAGAGUCGUAUAACAACAGGCGCAUCCGCAGUGACGAACAGAGAAUACGGAAGAGCAGUGUUGACAGCAAAAGUGAGGGAGAAAAGGAAGGAAGAAAUGUGUUACCGAAAUGGCGGCCUAGGAGAGCCGUAGUGCAUCGACGGCGUUACGCCUUCGAAGAUGACUUUCUAGCGUCAGCGACGACAAGGGCAUCGAAGAACAUUGCACGAAGACGUUGGAAAAUCUGGAAGCAGUUCCGGCGUGAUCAAAACAGCAAUAAAGGCCCAGAAGAGCUGGUGUAGCUAGCCCCGCGCACAUCGGGUGGGAGGUGGGGUGCGCGCGCGCGCGCGCGAGAGAGAGAGAGAGAGACCGGUGGGGAGAUAUAUACACCAAGGCACUGGAAGCUCCAAAGCGAUUAAUAACAGUAGUCGCCUCGCGAGCGUAGCAUCGCCGAGCAGUAUUAUUCGCGACACACGCGCGCGCGCGCGCAAUGUGCAGCAGUGCAGAUAGCUUGUACAAGUGAGCCGAGUGUCACGAGAAGAAGCAGCCGAGCAUUAUUGCUGUUUCAUUGCUGGAGCGAGGGCGAACGAAACAAAGCGAGCAUGAAGUCGUUGGGCGAUGUAGUGGCGGAAGUGCCGAAAGAAGACGAAAGUAACGACGUGCCGGACGACAUUGGUAUCGUGAGACGUGGUAGCUUGGAUUCGAUAGUCAGUCAUUCGUCCACGACAACGUCGUCGAGCAUCCUCAGUGGGAGCUCCGAGUUAGGCACCAAGACUCUAAAGUCACUCAAGCGUGGAUUGGGCAAAUUGUGGAGGAGACACAGGGGCAAUGCCUCCAUUACUGAAUACGAUCCGUCCUACAAGGUGGCUUACCUUGGCAACGUGCUCACUGGUUGGGCGAAAGGUGAAGGCUGCGUGGAAAAACCAGUGUCGACGUUAUGGCGCAACUACGUCGGCAGCAACCGCCCCGACGUGUCGAUGAGGUUAACGGUUACGAACGGCGGCCUGACGGCGACGACGAAAGAUCACGGAUUGACCGAAUACUGGGCACAUCGCGUCACGUACUGCACGGCACCUGCGUCGCAUCCGAGGCUCUUCGUUUGGGUUUACAGAGAUGAAGGACGUCGUCUCAGGCCGGAAUUGAGGUGUCACGCCGCUCUAUGCUCCAAAGAAUCCACCGCCAGACGACUGGCUUCCGUCCUCAAUGCUAGGUUGCAUCAGGCUUUGCUGGAGUUUAGGAGGGACAAAGUUUCCAGGCAGAAUGCCAGGCUAUCCCUGGCGAACGCAGUCUACGAGAACCCCUCCUUGCCGCGCCGCAAGCUGCUUCUGAGCACGGGCGGCUCGAACUACCGGCCGCCGUUGGAGCGCUCCAAGAGCGCACCGAAGCUCUCGGCCAUCGAGGAGGACGCCGUGGCAGAGGAGAUCGAGCAGCAGCGCUUUCUCGAGGAGCUGCGCAGCCUGGAGCGCGAGGCGCAAAGCUGGCAAGAGCAGGACGGCUGGAGAUUGGCGCGACUCCUGGACGCUCUGCGUCGCGAGAGCUCCGACGAGAACGGCAGCAUCUCCAGCGGCUGCGAGACCGCCAGCACGGCCAACAGCGAGGAGCGCGUGUACGGCAGCGAAGACUCGCACAUGCCGAACGAGCAGGAGAUUCUCGACGGCCAACAAACGAACGGCAAAGCGCUCACUGCAGCGAUGACGACUUCGAUCCCAGCAACACCACCAUUGUGCAAAUCACUGUCCUCCCUCGGCGACGGUCCACGUCGCAACUCCGAAGGUUCCCCGCACUUUAUGACAUGCACCGGUAGUCCACGAUUUCGUCGACGAAGCAGUCGACCAACUCGCAGUCGUAGCCGAAAGGUCAUUACAAUAUCAGCCGACAACGGCAGUGUAUCGUCGCUGUCGCGAAGCGAAGGCGAGGAAUCGAUGGAGGAAGACGAGGAGGAUGAAACAACUGCGUCAGGAAUGAUUGUCGACGUGAAUUAUUAUGAUUUUGAAGACGUUGAAGAUAUGGACGAAAUUGUUGAUUACAGACCACAUGGCGAGAGCCCGAGAAACUCAUGUAGCGCGGGAUUGCAGAACGACAGUUACGCAGCACUGCUGGCCAGACGCGAAGAUAUGUGCCAAUUGAUGUGCGUCUCCUGUGACGAAAUCGACGGCGACGAACCGGUAACAAUUGACCCGGAAGUCGUUGCCAAUACGAACACAAAGAAUUUUCACACUUUGGGAUCGCUUGACGAAGAGGAAGCUGACAGCGACGAAAGCGGCUACGUCGAAGCAUCGCCGAAAACUUCAAGUCAGAAAGAGGUAGAAGGGACAAGGAAAGAAGUCGAACAAAACGAUCGAGCAGAAUUUAUCAAAUGUCCUAUAUCUGAGACGAUCAAGAAAUUGGCGAAUGCCUCGUUGAGAAGUUCCAAACCUAUACGAGUAAUUCCAACUGCUGGCACGUGCUUGGACGAUGGCGAGUCGCCAAGUUUGUUGCAAAGGAAACGACUAUUGGCUCAACAUGGGGUUACUGUUUGAGAGAGAAAAAGAGAGAGAGAGAGAGAGAGAGAGAGGAGAGAGAGAGAAGAGAGAGAUAGGAACACUGCUUGCUGAAUCUCAGUGAAUCAUGUAUAUUUGUGUACAUUGGAAAUCACUCUCGAUUGUGUAUUAUAUAUAAUACGUUUUGCAUCUUGUAAGAUAUCGAGCGACCGGUGGAUUAAAUGUGCAUGCCUCUGUUCUCAAUUUAUCAUUUCAACCACGAUUCUGUUUUUCGUAACAUUGUUAUAAUAUUCUUCCUGACUAAUUAUGUGAUAUAUUUACUUGAAGAAAAUACAAUUGGUUAUUUGUGAUAAAAAAAUUUCAAACAAUACUGAUUAAAGCUAAAAAAAUAAAAACCGAACGAUGAUUUUGUGAGAGAUUUGUGUGGGUAAACGGUAUUUAAUUUUAUUUAAUUGUGUAAUCAAUAGUUUGUAGGGAUACAGAGUCGACGAUUUUUUUAAUAUAUAUAUAUAUAAAGAUGGACUGGAAGUGACAGUGAGAGCUUAGUAACUUAGUUAACGGUGAGAUGAAAGUAUAUGUUUUAUGUGAUUUUUUUCUCUUUUUUUUUUUAAUGUUUCUCAAAGUUCACAUGACUUAUUUGUAGUUGGAAAUUUCGAUGUAGUAUUACUAUUGAUGAACCGUAUCGAUAUAAUCAAGUAUUUUCACGUAUAUGUACAUAUAUAGUAAUUUAAUAACUGUUUUGAUGUAUGUAGAAAUGUAAUUAUAUGUAGCCCGAUCAAAAAAAUUUUUGUUCGACUGGCGAUAUUCAACGGAAUAUGGACUUCUCGUUUCAAUCAAAUAUGGUUCAAACCGCAAAUCCUUGAAAAUUUAAUAAACUAUCAUUA